GACCGACACUUCCAGCGCAACCUGGGAAGGAAGCGGAGCUACAUGGGAAUCUAAACUCGGGACGAGCGGAGAACAAAGGGGAGGGACGGCGAGAGCUGGUGGACCCGGAGAGGAGAUAGCCCAUCAUCUCCCCAUCCCUCCCUCCUCCCCGGCGGACGCGCGCUGCCCGCUCCCCUCUCUGGGUCAUCUCACUCCUUCAGGACAGCCUGAACUCGGAUUUACCGUCGCUUCUCGCGAGCCGCUCGCGCCGUUCCCUUCGCGGUCAGCCGGCGGCGGCGCUCCGUGCGGAGCAGGGUGGUGUUUUCCCGGGUUUCGGUGUCGGUGCAGUCAUGUGGCAGAGGAUUCAGAUUUGCUGUGCACUGUUUGCACUGUAUUCGGCGGCACCGCCUGCACACAUCAACCGCCUGGCGCUGUUCCCUGACAAGAGCGCCUGGUGCGAAGCCAAGAACAUCACGCAGAUCGUCGGGCACACGGGAUGUCAGCCUCGCUCUAUUCAAAACAGAGCUUGUCUGGGCCAGUGCUUCAGUUACAGCGUCCCCAACACGUUCCCACAGUCCACCGAGUCUCUGGUGCACUGUGACUCCUGCAUGCCGGCCCAGACGCAGUGGGAAGUGGUGACUCUGGAUUGCCCCGGUAAUGAAGACUCUCCUCGGGUGGACAAACUCGUGGAGCGGAUCUUCCACUGCAGCUGCCAGUCGUGCAGCAAGGAAGGAGCCCAGGAGGGGGCGGUGAUGCAGCUGUACCCGGACAACGGCCUGGACGCGGGUCCGUCUCUAAUCGACACCCUGAGCGGCGCUCAGUCUCACCCUCUGCCCCACUCAGACACACACCCCGUUAAGCACGGCCAGCUGCACACAGACCAUCACACGCUACCGCACACAUCAGACGGAGGGUAGCUCCACCAUCUGUCCCAACUGUGUUGUUUGUGACUUUGCUCGUCUCUGCUGCCCUCUCUGUCCUCCUCCACACCCUCUGCCAGUCUCUAGUAUUCUACAGGAACUUUGAAGACUUCACUUUGUGUGGAAAUGUUUGUCUUUAGCGAACACACACGCACACACACACUGAGUCUUGCUUAUCAGAACACUUUGUGAAUAAGCUCGUACAAACACACCGGCCUGUGCACUCUGUUUGCUAAUUAUGACAAAUGCAUGUGUGUGUGUUUGUCUAUUCAGACAUGACUAAAGCCUGUUAAUGAGCUGUAGUCUUUUAAUCUGCUUUGAAUGCAAUAAAUCCCAUUG